GUUUACUUUGGUCUGGUGGGUUUGCUCACUCACAGCGUGGUAGACUACGGCUGACUUCAGACAGGCCAUGUGAUUCAGCCUCUGUCCAGUCCAGUCCCUCAGUCUGUGGGUUUGCUGUUUGGCAGAAAAAGAGUGGACUGAGUUCAUGGAGUCUGGCUGCUCAUGUGUGUGACACUGGAGUUGCAGUCUCUGCUCCAGCUCGAGGUCAUGUCAUCUGAGACCAGGGUGGAGUCCUGCAGCGAGGGCCAGGGAGAGGACGCCAGGCUGGAGAGGAAACAAGAUGAGGAAACAGAUAGAGAGGAAGUGGAGGUUCCCUGUGAGGAAAACCAUCCCACAGAAAGCCUGAGGCAAGAGGAGUCUUCGUCACUCGACCAUAGUGACACGUAUGUAGUGACAUCAGAAGGCGGAGUGGAGGAGGAGACGAAAGAGAGCCGAGCUCGAGGGUCAGGUGUGUGUUCGGUGGAGCGACAUGUCCGCAGGUCCCUCCCAAGGGGCUUGUCGACCUGCUCUUUCCCAGGCAAGGACAGGGAGCGGCAGGCAGAGGAGCCACGAGGGCCUGGCCCUUUCUACUACUUCGGAGGAACUAAUGGGGCUGAAAUAGUGAGCAGCUACUGUGAGAGCAGAGGAUGGAAGAGGAUUCACAACAAGCACAGGGAGGACUUUAAACUCAAGUGGUGUGAAACCAAAUCAUCAGCCAACUACUGCAACUUCAGAGAAGGUGAACAGUUGGUGUACCAGGUUCCUAACAACAAGGUGCUGACCACUAAGAUCGGCCUCCUCAGCAGUCUGCGAGAGUACGAGCGAGUCAGCAGCAAAGUCAACCACGGCCGAGGACUGAGGAGGCUGAAAAUGGAAGAGUUCAUGCCCACCACCUUCCGCAUGGACGUGAGGGAAGAGAGAGACGCCUUCUUCGCCCAGCAGGAGGGUGUGAGGAACAACGAGGGUCGCAUGUGGAUCUGUAAACCCACGGGUCUGAACCAGGGCAGAGGGAUCUUUCUGCUGAAGAGCCAGGAAGAGCUGACCGCCUUCAGACUGAAGCUGCAGCACCUCGAGGAGAGUCAGGCCCACAGGAGGAUGCGUCACUGCCGGCCUCAGGCUCGCAUCGUCCAACAGUACAUUCAGAGCCCGCUGCUGCUGAAGGGGAAGAAGUUUGACGUUCGCUCUUACCUGCUGAUCGCCUGCACCGCACCUUACAUGGUCUUCUUCCGCCACGGUUAUGUGCGACUGACCUGCGACCUCUACGACCCCAGCUCCAACAACCUCUCCGCCCACCUGACCAAUCAGUACAUGCAGAAGAAGAACCCGCUGUACAGCCAGCUGAAGGAGGACACUGUGUGGUCCAUGGAGAACUUCAACACCUACGUCAACGACAGGUUUCGCGUUGCCAAGGGUCUGCCCAGGGACUGGGUGCUGGGCGCCUUCGCAAGGCGGAUGCAGCAGAUCAUGAAGCAGUGCUUCUUUGCGGUCAAAUCCAAGUUAGACCGCCGCCUCGGCCUCUUCGACCUGAUCGGCUGCGACUUCAUGGUGGACGAGGGCUUCAAGGUGGGUGAGGCGGCGCGUGAACGUCUGAACGGAGGUCAGAGGUCAACGCGUGUGAGUGAACGACGUCCUCUCUGUUGGUCCUCACAGGUGUGGCUGCUGGAGAUGAACUGUAACCCAGCUCUCCACACGAACUGCAAGGUCCUGAAGGAGGUGAUACCCAGCACUGUUGUGGAGACGAUGGAUUUGACUCUGGAGAUCUUCAACAAGUGUCGUCUCCGGCAGAGGAUCCUUCCUUUGUCCGGUCAGAGGGAGUUUGUGCUGCUCUACAGUGGAGCUUCACCUCCGGGGUCAGAGCCGACCUGCAACAAGAGAAAAACCACCAAAAAGACCCAGAAGACUGAAGCCAGGAGGUGUAAGUCGGGAGUUGAGGGUAAAAAUGCGUCCCCAGCAUCCCCUGGUAACGUCUCAGGGAGCGGUGAAGGACGGGGCAGUUCAAAGUCUGGCCUCCAUCGCUCCGCUUCCACCGCCACCUCGCCUCUCUUUCAAAACUCAUCAUCAGUGCAGAGACCUUCACAUUCAGACAGCAGCUUACAGACGGUGAGGAGUAAGACCCCCGGGCCUCGGGUCCAUCUCAAGCUCACCACGUGCACUUUGCGUCACCACCCGAAGGCCGCGGACGACCCGAAGCUGUUGACGCUGGCGCUCGAGACGAGGCCGUUCCCUCCUUGUGCCAGAACUCCAGUGCGUGAGGAUGGACGAGAAGGAGGAGAGGAAGCGGGUGAGGAGGAGCUCAGAGAGGAGCCGGAGAGUUUAGUGUUUGUGAGGAAAGAGGAAGUGUGAAGCAUGUGAGCAAACAGCUGUGAGACGAUAGACCCACACAGAGGACAGACACCUGGAGCUGCUUGAUUUUCAGAGAAGAAGAAGAAAUGUUUAACGUUGCAAUAAAGAAUCAAUAACUGGU